AUGUGGUUAUUUCAAGUCGAACUUUUUCCACAUUGGUAUCGGGUGAGAUUGGAUCAGCCGAUGCAGGAGUGCCUCAGCAUCCUUCCUCUCUCCAGCUAUCGUUCCUUCUACUCACUGCAGGCAGCUCUAAUGAUCAAUGGCCGAAGUAACUCGUAUGCUAUCAGCUCCGGAGCUUCGAAGAUAUCUUUGAGGCCUGGGACAGUCACUUUUCAGAAUAUCUUAUGCUCUUCUGCUGUUAUACAUCUAGAUUUGAAGUUGAAUGGGAGGAGGGGGGAGCGCAAAGGGGGAGGACGAGGAGAGGAUGAUGGUAGAGGGGUGGGUGCUUUGAAAGAUCUUGGAUGGAGAAUUCUCUCACGGCUCACCACCCCCUCUGCGCCAGCUACUCAUAUCACGACGGAGACUAGCACCCGGUAUCACGAGAAAUUUGGCUACAAACGCAGCCUUGCUGAUUCUACUCAGUCUGAAACCACAAUCAACCCUCCAACGUCCCCGGAUUCUUGA